AUGGCUGCUUCUUCUGUCGUUGAGGAACAAACUACUAAGGAUGAUCUUAUUCUUCCACCGGAUUACGAGCUGCAAGCUCCAGAACCUGAACAUUGCCCUGGGCCAGAGUCGGAAGGUGCUGGGAAAAGUGAUGCUUGCAACGGUUGUGCUAAUAAAGAUAUUUGUGAGAGUCUACCCAAGGGUCCUGACCCCGAUAUUCCGUUAAUUAUUGAAAAUCUGUCUCAGAUUCAACAUAAGAUAUUGGUGCUUUCUGGAAAAGGUGGUGUAGGGAAGUCUACCUUUUCCGCCAUGUUGAGUUGGGCACUUUCUGCAGAUGAAAAUUUGCAAGUAGGUGCAAUGGAUCUCGAUAUUUGUGGACCUUCUUUGCCACGCAUGUUGGGCUGCAACAAAGAAGUAGUCCAUGAGUCGAAUACUGGGCUGACACCAGUCUAUGUUGCGGAUAAUCUGGCCACCAUGUCCAUCCAAUAUCUACUACCGGAGGAUGACUCAGCAAUUGUAUGGAGAGGCUCCAAGAAGAACCAGUUAAUUAAAAAGUUCUUGAAAGAUGUUGAUUGGGACUACCUGGAUUUCUUGAUAGUUGACACACCUCCAGGUACUUCAGAUGAACACAUUUCAAUAAAUAAAUUCAUGAAAGAAUCAGGUAUAGAUGGUGCCCUUGUGGUAACUACUCCACAAGAGGUUGCAUUGCUAGAUGUAAGGAAAGAAAUAGAUUUUUGUAGAAAGGCUGGUAUUAAUGUCUUAGGAUUAGUGGAGAAUAUGAGUGGCUUUGUUUGCCCAAGUUGCAAAGGAGAAUCACAAAUUUUUAGACCAACAACAGGAGGAGGUAAGGCUUUUUGUAAAGAGCUGAACAUACCAUUUUUGGGAUCUGUACCUCUUGAUCCACGCAUCGGGAAGUGUUGCGACUCAGGUGAGAGUUUCUUAGAUCUUUAUCCAGAUAGCCCCGCAACAGAUGCCAUUUUGGAUGUCGUCGAAGCACUAAGAGACACUAUAGAGGGAAAAUAA